AUGAAGUUCUUCGAUAAGAACAGAGAUUUGGAGACAUUUCAAGAUGACAAUCAAAUCGCAGGAGUGGAUGACACGGAACAAGGUUACUUAGAAGAAGCCUUUGAUCAGGACUAUGAACCUGAAGAUGAAGAUGAAUGUGAUUUCAAUCUAUGUGGACAAUUUGAUGAUAUCAAUGACUCCAAAAGAGAAAAGCUCUUGGCAGAUGCAGACAAUGAUGUCGAUGAUAUGCCAGAACUCACUGUCAGAUUCCAAGGAGAUGAUGACUAUGAAUCAAACGACGAUUCAGCUGAUGAAGGCGAUGAAGAGGAAGAGCCUAUUGUGGCCGAUUUGGAUCACCAUCAAGAAAAUGUCGAUAGAGGAACUGAUGAUAUUGGGAGCCUCGUUUCUGAUCUGGAGGACCUACAAGAGCCGCCAGAAGAAGAGAUUGUAUUUGAGCCUGAAACACCUCAAGUAGCAAAAGUCACUCGAUCUGGGCAAACAUAUGCGCAAGCUGCAAUGUCUGGGCUGAACCUUUCCCAAGUUCCAAAGAGACCAAGAGAAUGGCCUUCGAGCAGGAGUGGCAGUUCUGCCAAUGAGAACAAGAAUCGAGUUGCAACAAGAUGCAAGCAUCGAGAAAGAGACUUGAAACCGUUGAAGAACAAGUUAAACUCUGGUAUUCGUACCAAAGAAGGAAGUCGCAGUACUAAAGACAGUAAAGCUAUCCUUGAAGCAAAGCACAAUCUAUGUUUCCAACAGAUUGGGAAUGAGAUGAAAGCUGAUUAUGAAGAGCACAAUGCUAUUCUGAUCGCUCGUUGCAUGAUGCAGAUCAAGGCCAAGUUCGAUACUGACAAAGGUCUGAACUUCAUUCAACAGUAUUACAUCAAUCAAGGACUGAAGAAGUUUGGUGAUGAUGGAAAGGAUGCUGUGGAUAAGGAAUUGAGACAAAUGCUCCUGAGAGAUUGUUUCACUCCCAAAUUUGUUAAAGACAUGACCGCGUCUGAGCGAAAGAAGGCCCAAUCAGCGAUGAUGUUACUUGCGGAAAAGCAAUUUGAAAAGACAAUUAAAGGUCGCCUAGUAUACCAAGGCGAUGGAACUCGUGAAUGGUUAUCGCAAGAGGACACUGCAAGUCCAACUGCUUUGCAGGAAGCAAUCACCACUACUUGUGUUAUUGAUGCAGACGAAGGUAGAGAUAUAAUGACAAUGGACGUUCCUAACGCUUUCAUUCAAACUUAUAUGCUUGAAGCAAAGGAAGGAGGAGAUCGUGUCUACAUGAAAAACAAUGGCAUGAUGGUCCAGAUAUUGAUUGACAUGGCCCCAGAGUAUCGCGAAUACAUUGUAUUAGAGAACGGAAAGCGAGUAAUCUAUGUGCGGGUACUACGUGCUAUAUAUGGGAUGUUGCAAUCGAGCCUCCUAUUCUAUAAUCAGUUUCAAAGCCUCCUAUUCUAUAAUCAGUUUCGAAGUGAUUUGGAGGCAAAGGGGUUUGUUUUCAAUCUGUAUGACCCGUGUGUUGCUAACAAAGUUAUUGAUGAAAAACAACAAACUAUCAGAUUUCAUGUUGACGAUCUUAUGUCAAGUCACAUGGAUCCGAAAGUAAAUGACGAAUUUGCUGAGUGGUUGAACAUGAGAUAUGGUUCAAUCCAGGCAUGUAAAAUUGUCAGAGGAAAGAUACACAGAUAUCUUGGAAUGACUUUGGAUUUCUCGAUGAAAGGAAAACUCAAGAUCCGCAUGGACAACUAUGUCAAGAACAUGUUGGAAGAUUUUCCUAUCAAGUUCAACAAGGAUUCAAAGCAGGAAACACCAGCUGAUAGCAAUUUACUGGAAGCUGGUAAAGGGAAGUUACUCAGUGCUGAGUAUCGUCAGAUCUUCCAUACUACUAUUGCAAGGGGACUUUAUGUCUCUAAGAGAGCUCGUUUGGAUAUCCAUCCAACAAUUACUAUUCUUGCCUUGAGAGUUCAAGAACCUACAGAGUCUGAUUGGAAGAAGUGUGUUUGCAUGAUGCGAUAUUUGUUUUGUACAUCGUUGUAUCACCUGACACUUUCCGCAGAAUCACUACGAGUCAUGAAAUGGAUGAUUGACGCAUCAUUUGCGGUGCAUCCAGAUUUCAAGAGACAUACUGGCGGCACUCUGUCUUUUGGAGGAGGUGCAGCUCAAGUGAUGUCAAAGAAACAAAACUAA